AUGUCUCCUCCAGCUCGAAAGGAGGAACGUUCGGCUAUCGUUACUGGCUCAGCUCGAGGCAUAGGCGAAGCCAUCGUCCGCAGGCUAGCCAAAGAAGGCUAUAAAGUCACAGUCAACGAUAUCUCCGCCAACAAAUCCGGGAUCGACAAAGUCGUGUCAGACCUCAACUCCGAAUAUGGCGAGGGUUCAGCCAUAGGUGUCGUGGCAGAUGUCACCAAAUCAAAAGAGGUGGAAGACAUGAUCGAGCAGUCUGUCCAGAAGCUCGGUCCUCUCACCGUCAUGGUCGCCAAUGCCGGUAUUGCACAGGUCCAGUCUAUGCUCGAAAUCAGUGACGAGGACGCCCAUAGAAUGUUCGAUGUGAAUUACUUUGGUGUAUGGAACUGCUACACAAGAGCUGCAAGACAAAUGAUCAAGCAGGGCCCCGUGCCCGAAGGCUCGACAGGAUACAAGAUUAUUGGUUGUGCGAGUAUUGUGGCAUUCAAGCCGUUUCCUCUGCUAAGUCAUUAUUCGGCUUCAAAAUGGGCUGUACGUGGACUCACACAGGGCUUCGCAAUGGAGGUGGCAAGGCAUAAGAUUCAAGUCAACGCGUACGCACCUGGCAUCGUAGGCACAAGCAUGUGGGAGUUAAUAGACGAGAAGCUGGGAGAGAUUGAAGGCAGACCAAGAGGCGAGACAGUCAAGAAAUACUCGACUGAGCUUACCGCAAUGGGAAGAGUAUCAACACCAGAAGAUGUUGCAAAAGUCGUAGGAGGGUUCAUGUGCAAUUCCGACUCUGACUUUGUCACUGGUCAAACGCUGGUGGUUGAUGGCGGUAUCAUCUACACCUAG